GGUUGUGAUUUGUGAACAAGAAAAAAAGAAGGUCAAGACUCAAGAGUUUCUUCUAGUUAGCUGAAAUGGAGAGCGAAACUUCGACCAACAAUGUGAACAGUGAUUUAGAUCACAGUAAAGUGGAACACUGCUUUCAGGAAUUUUACACAGAGGUCAAACAAAUUGAGAAACGUGACUCAGUUCUAACAUCAAAACAGCAAAUAGAUCGUUUGCUGAGAGCAGGUUCAUCCUAUUUUAAUCUCAAUCCUUAUGAAGUACUGCAGGUUGAUUAUGAGCUUCCAGUGGAUGAAAUAAAAAAGAAAUAUAAGAGGUUGUCAAUAUUGGUCCACCCUGAUAAAAACACAGAUGAUUCAGAACGUGCACAACAAGCCUUUGAAGUUAUAAAUCGAGCCUGGAAAAUUUUAGAGAAUGAAAAAACCAGAAAACGUUGUCUUGAGAUUGUUGCAGAGGCUACAGGCAUGACUGAUCUGGCGAUCGCCGAAAAAAGAAAAAAGUUGAAGAAAGAAGGAAAGGAUACAAGAGUUGAGGAGGACGACCCACUCAAAUAUCGCCGCGCAGUCUAUGUUAUGACGAUAAAACUUUUCGCUGACAUGGAACGCAAAAGAAGGGAACUAGAACAACGGGAUAUGGAAGAACGAAAGCGUAAGAGAGAAACAGAAAUUGAGGCAGAGGAAAAGGCUAAAGUAGACAAAGAAUGGCAAAAGAAUUUUGAAGAGUCACGCCAGGGUAGGGUGAGCAGCUGGCAAAAAUUUCAACACAAGAAAACCAAAACGUCCAAAGGAUUUUUUAGGCCACCUAAAAAUAAGAUGGAACAACGUUGAAGAAAAGAAAAGGUUGACGUUGGGCAUUGCACUAAAUCUUCUGUUUCAUGUCACGGGAAGAAGUUGACUUCCUUUGCAUUGAAAUUCUUAUUGUUUUCUUACCAAGAUCAAUAAAAUUUAAAGAUCUCCGA